UCCCUCUCCCCCGGCCCCGCUGUCGCGCGCUCCCGGUGACGCGCGCCGUGCCCGCGCCUGCGCGGAGCGCAGCGGCGUCAUGGCGGUGCCGGGCGGAGGUGCGAAGGACGACACAUUCAACGUGCUGGACCUGGCGGAGUACACCAAGAACCGGCCAUGGUGGCGCAAGAUGUUCGCCCCCAGCUCGGGGUCGAGCGCUGAGAAGUACAAUGUGGCCACGCAGCUGGUGAUCGGAGGGGUCACGGGAUGGUGUACUGGAUUCCUCUUCCAGAAAGUUGGAAAGCUGGCAGCAACAGCAGUAGGAGGAGGCUUUUUCCUUCUUCAGAUUGCAAACCACACGGGAUACAUCAAGGUGGACUGGAACCUAAUACAACGGGACAUGAACAAAGCCAAGCAGCAGCUGAAAUUUCACACCAGUGGUGAUAAAAUGCCUCCAGAAGUGAAAAGCAGAGUGGAUGAGGUGGUCAUAUUUCUGAAGAAGAAUGCUAUCCUGACUGGAGGGUUUGCUGGAGGAUUCAUGUUUGGAAUGGCAUCCUAGAAGCUGCACUCUCCUCUUGUGCCCAGCCUCCCCUCCCCUCCUCUACUGCUGUUAUCUCUCACUUAGAAGUCAAAGGAUGUUGCCAACAGACUCAGUCCCAUCUGCACAGGUUCCAGCCCUUAUUUCUUACAACACUGCUUCUGAUUUCCACCUUUUUCUUCUGUCUGGGCUGUUAGUGUGCUGGGGUUGGUCUGGAAGCUCACAACUCCCAGUGUAUCAUGAAUUCCCACCAAAUAUGCCCAGACUCAAAUUUUCUGAUGAGUUUCAACUUCAUAAAAAUGUAGUGGCAGAGAAACCUCUUAAAUGUGCUUCUUGCAGGUGCUCAGGACUGUUAUGUGUACCUUUGUCUGCCAGUAUAUGUGGCAAACUCUUCACCACUCUAUAUGUGUCAGCUCUUCACUACAAUUUAGCUUUUAGUAUUCCUGCCCUGGUACCUGGAACACCUCUGCUUCCCGCUGCAGAGGUGAUCUGUGCAAUCCAAAAUGUGGUUGACAAUCCUGGGGUGGAUGCAGGAGUGUCAAAGCUGCCUGAGCUGUGUCCAGGACAGGGGAAUAUGGAUUUUCCUGCCCUCCCCCUGCUGUUUCACUGCACAUAGAUGGCCAUUUGGCUUUGUCUCUGCUGGUAUCCUUCCCCCUACUGGAAUUGCAGCACUGGCACUGCUGAUGGAAACUGAGCACUGUGGCUGACUCUCCAGGCCCUUUCCUCAUCAUGUGUUCUGAAAGUCACCAAGUUUUGUUCUGCAGAACCACCUGACUGCUCAGCCUUUGAGGCUCUCGCCUGCUUCCAGCAGGCCCAGCCUGGCUGUGUCAGAUGGGGGCAUUUCAGCUGUGCCACUUACUGUAAAUCACUCUGGGCCUCUGACUGGGCUUUCCAUGUCUGCCACAGCCUUCUCUGGUAACUUUGGCAUUGGUGAUGCUCCUUGAGGUGUAACCAUGUGGGACGGGAUUGUAGACAGGAAGUGCAUCCCUGCUUAGGGUACACUGUAGUGGUCAAGUUGCUGUCUUUGCUCCUGUCCUGCCAUACAUGGCCAAGGAGAAUGAAGGAGUAGCUGGGCUCACAUCCUUUAACAAUGGCCUUCCUAAAGGCCAUCCUGGGCUGCAGGAUGCAGCAAAUAGGUCUUCAAUAAAUUGGUGUUUAGCAGUGGAGUUACAGACAGUGGUGGGGUUUUUUGGGGUUUGGUUUGUUUUUCUGUAGGAUCUGCAGAUGUGAACAUGCAUAAAUAGAUACAUUGGUCUUGCAAGGUAUCUCUUGCUCCUGUAGGACAACAGCAUUGCUGCUCUUUGGCUAGGUGGGCUGCAGAACACAACUUCUGAGAUGCACUGAUUUCCACAAAGCUGUCUCCAAUGACAGAGCUCAAAGCAAAUCAUUAACAGACCUUAGGGAUGUUUUUCUGGCUCAGUAAGUCACUACUUCUGCUCAGCCCUAGGUGGGGCGAGUUCUGCUCAAGUCCCAGUUUGCUACUGAGAGAAAUGGCCCAGAGAGGGAGCUAAAAUGCUGCUGAAAGGGGAAACAAUUAACAGAUUGAUGCUGAGUUUGAUGUGAAUGUAGGCAGAGAAUGGACAAGCACAUCAGGAUGUGGGAAAUCUUUCUGCUGUGCUGGUGUUGGGCUCGUGGCUGCCACUGUUUGAUGCUGUGGGGCAACACUGGAAGCUUUGAUGCUGGAUCAGUCUCUGUGGGGAUGCAUUUUCAUUGCUGCAGGUGCCAAGAUGAGGUGUCCCUUCCCUUCCCCACUCCUGCUCCUUUUAGUGUUGUUUCAACAACUUCUGACAUCUGUUACACUCUGAGAAGAUUUCAAACACAUUAGGCUUUUAAAGUGGUUUUAUAUAUUGUAUGUAAAUGCUUGUUGAAGUGAUAUUUUAUUAAACAGUUUUGCUCUAAAUG